AUGAACCUGGAGGCGAACGUGUCCUCGCCGGAGGUGGACAUCGAUGUGAACGUUGUGUCGAGCCCGGAGCCGAGUCCCCGGCCGCUCGAGAGCCCCCAAGGGCACCCCGGGGUGGCCAGUGACGAUGAGCAGCGCUCCUCGCCCGACACUCAACACCACCAGCCGCAGCCUCAGCCGCCACAGCAGCAGUCUUCCUACGCCGCGCCAACUCAACAACUACCGCAACAAUUAAAGCAGCAGCAUUCGCCAACGCAACCACUGCAGCCGCAACCGCAACCGCAGCAGCAGCAGCAUCACCAACAACAGCACGGUGUUGUUCUGCAGCACCAUUCGGCCAUGGUGGCGGCGGCUGCGGCGGCUGCUGCCUUGCAUCACCAGUCGGCGGCGGCUGCUGCGGCGGCGGCGGCAGCGGUGGCGGUCACCGGGCAGCAGCACGGUUGCGGUUCCUACCACGCGUCGCCGGCGGCGGUCAACAACAGCACCGGCACCAUCAACACCAACAACAGCUCCAGUAACAGCUUCAACCACAGUCCCGACUCCCGGCUCAGUCCGCCGAAAACGCCGCCGGACAGCCAGAUCCAGCCGCAUCACCAACAUCACCACCACCAGCACCACCAUCACCAUCAGCAGCAGCAGCAGCAACACCAGCAGCAGCAUCCUGUACAUCACCAGCAUCCACCGCACCAUCCUCACACACAUAUCAAUCAACUCCAGCACCAAACGCAAACGCAACAGUCGCCGCCUCAGCAGCAGCAGCAGCAGCAACACGCCGUGCAGGCCACGGUCGGCAAAACCUCGACCAAUCCGGGCUACACCAGCUUCUCCAUCUCGAGCAUCCUCAGCCGAACGGAGCCGGUCUCGAAGAAAGGUCUCGGGGUGAUAACACCCGUCGCCUCGCUGCCACUGUCGGCCGCUGCUGCAGCUGCCGCCGCGGCCGCCUCCGUCUCGAACGGAGCCGGCGUCGGACUCGGUGCCAACGGAACUCCAAACUCGCAGGAUGCCGCCAUGCUCUCUAGGUUGGGAUUCAUGUCGCAGUGGAGUGCGAUAGCGAACCGGUACGCGGCCCUCUGCCCACCAGGCUGGCCCUGGCCACCGACGUCACAUCGGAUGCCUUUCCACAGCCCAAACAACGAUAACUCGACGAGCGCAAUCGAAAACCAGUCACCCUCACUGACGCCCCCACCGUCGCAGCAGUCCAAGUCCCCGUCGCCACAUCCGGCCUUCCUCGGAGCGCGGGCCACCGGCUGCGGAGGGGUUGGUGUCGGCGGCCCGGCCGGCGGAGGUGGCUCCGGUGGAGGUGGUGGCGCGGGCGUCGGGAGCAUCGGCGACGACUGCGAAUCGGACGACGACGGCCAGGAGAUCAUCGAGGAGGACGACGAAAGCGACCGACCGUCCGACUCCGCCUCGCCGAACUCCAACAGCAGCGCCAUGCAGGCGAAGCGGAAGAAAAAAACGCGAACCGUCUUCUCGCGGGCCCAGGUCUUCCAGCUCGAGUCCACCUUCGACCUGAAGCGCUACCUGAGCUCGUCGGAGCGCGCCGGACUGGCGGCCUCGCUGCGCCUCACCGAGACGCAGGUGAAGAUCUGGUUCCAGAACCGGCGGAACAAGUGGAAGCGCCAGCUGGCGGCCGAACUGGAGGCGGCCAACAUGGCGAACAUGGCGCACGCGGCCCAGCGACUCGUGCGCGUCCCGGUGCUCUACCACGAGGGCGCCACCGGUGGCUUCGUCGCACCGCCCCCGCACCCGCACUCCCAGCAGCUCUACUACACGACCUCGGCCGGACGGGCCGGUUCCCCGCCCCGGCCCCCGCUCUCCUCGCUGGUGUAA